AGCAAUGAAUGCUCUCUCGUUGGUCCAAACUCCUCAUUCUCCUCCGCAAAAAUAGGAAGAAACUAAACGAUCAUUUUUUUAAUUUUUUUUGGUGAGCUUCAAGAUUCUCUCUUUCUCUCGUGGAUUCGGUAAUUCUGGGGAAAGUUUUGUUCUUUUGGGAAGAAGAAGAUGGACUCGUCAUGAAAGCUAUAUGAUCAUAAUGUUUCUUCUUACUAACUACAAUAUACAACAAGAACAGGGCUUUUCAAGAACGUAGCAGAUACAGACAGAGAAAAAGCAUUCUCUCUGUUUCUUUCUCAAUCCCCUUUUUAAUUGUCGUGUCCGCAGAUUCGUCAAUGUCGGUUCUUUCUUCUCGUACAGGACGAGAUCGUCAACGUUACGACAACAACUUCCGUCUCGUUUCAGGAUGCAUUCCGUAUAGGCUGAUUAAAGCUGACGAAACUGAAGAAGACUCAAGUGUUGACUUUGUUAACAAACUUGAAGUUCUUAUGGUUUCAUCUCCUAAUCGUCAUGAUCUUGUCUUCCCAAAGGUUUCUUUUUCAUUUGAGCAUCUCUUUCUUUACUGUCAUUUUGCAGUUGUCCAUUUUUGUGUGUGUUAUUAUUAUCAGGGAGGAUGGGAAGAUGAUGAGACUGUUCUUGAAGCUGCUUCUCGUGAAGCCAUGGAAGAAGCAGGAGUUAAAGGAACACUUAGAGAAGAUCCUUUAGGAGUUUGGGAAUUUAGAAGCAAAAGUAGCACAGUGGAGGAUGAAUGUUUAGGUUGUUGCAAAGGAUAUAUGUUUGCAUUAGAGGUUACCGAAGAACUCGAGGAUUGGCCAGAGCGAGAGAAUCGCGAUAGGAAAUGGCUGAAUGUUAAAGAAGCAUUGGAGCUGUGUCGGUAUGAGUGGAUGCAAAGGGCACUUGAAGAGUUCCUAAGAGUUAUGGGAGAAGAAGGAAGAUUGAGAACAGAGGAAGAGUCAGUGCAGGAUUCUUCAAAGUUAGAGGAGUGUCAAAUAGAUCCUUGGUACUGUUUUGUAGUUAAUUAGUUUUUUUUCAUCUUCUUUAGCUAUUUUGGAUUCAAAUGAAUAGCUUACUCUACUGAUGUAAACAAGUUGAAACAUGAGAGGCAAAUUGAAUUCAGACACAUGUGAUAUAUUUCAAA